UGAUGCGGAAGUGGCUCACGUGUGUUGUGUUUUGAUUUUGUCACAAACAGAAAAUUAUAUCCGUUCAUGGCAAUAGUCAUAGAUGCACAUUGUCAUUUGGCAGCAGAGGAAUUCGACGAGGACAUAGAUGAUGUCAUAACAAAAGGAAAGGAGGCAGGAAUUGCUGCUGCAGUUGUGGUGCCAGAACACUUUGGAGAAUUUCAAAAAGUGUUAGAUCUCGCAGAGAGGUAUCCAGAUUUCAUAGCCCCAUGUCUUGGGGUCCAUCCUGUCCAGGGUUCAAACCCAAAUGAAAGAAGUGCUUGUUUGGAGGAUCUUGAUGAGGCCAAUCCUUUCAUUGAAAAGCACCACGACAAAAUAGUUGGUAUCGGUGAGGUUGGCCUAGAUUUUACACCAUGGUAUAUUAAAAUGCCCCAAAACAAAGAGGACCAGAGGAAUGUAUUCAUUAAACAGAUAGAUAUAGCCAAGAAGUAUGAUCUUCCUGUGAAUGUUCACUCCCGUUCUGCUGGAAACCAUGCAAUAACUUUGCUCAAAGAACAAGGUGUGUCCAAGGCUUUGUUACAUGCCUUCAGCGGUAGAGCCAGUGUUGCCAUGGAGGGAGUUCAAGCUGGCUAUUAUUUCUCUUUUCCUCCAGUUAUUGUUAGGAGUGAACAGAAGCAAAAGCUUUUAGCAAGACUUCCUCUAGACUGUAUGUUACUGGAAACAGACUCCCCUGCAUGUGGACCAGAAAAGGGGGAACGGAAUGUCCCAGCUAAUAUUACUCUCUCCUGUGAGUAUAUAGCUCAAGUGAAGAAAGUGGAUAAAGAAACCGUGAUGAGGAUCACUACUGAAAAUGCACUCAAACUUUUCCCAAAACUAAAGAAUUUUGUGAAACUCUGAUACAUUUUUUCAUAAAUAAGAAUGUUUUCAUUAUUAUUGAACCAAGUACACAAACAGGGCACAGUUCAUGCAUCCUAGCAAUAUGUGAAGAAAACAGGGGAGCAUGUGUUGAAUGUACUGAAAAGUGCCCAACAUUGAUGUAUUAACAAGAUAGAAAGUCCAUUGUGAUUAUUUGAAUGGUGCUGUCUUUGGUUAAGAGAACUUGUGCCAGACAAGAAUUUUUGUCAGACUUUAAGCAAAACCUUUAAGGUACCCAUUUUGAGAUUCUUUUUUUUUUUUUUUUU